GCAUUAAAUUUUGUUUUAAACAAAGAAAAAGUGUAUUCAUUUUUUUGUAAAUAAACAUUGUGCUGAUUAGCAGCAUUGCCAACUUUGGCAUUUAAAAAAAAAAUUCUUUCCAAUCAACGCUGAUAACCAAAGCCAUCAAAGUGGAUUUAACAAAUUACAAUAAAAUGCUGCAAUCCAGCAAUCAGUAUUUGCGGCCGGAAUACUUAACGGCACCAAGUGCGCUGGAUAACAAAAGCAGUCCGUUAGCGCUUCUAGCGCAAACAUGUAGUGCAAUUGGUGCCGAUACUACAAACCCAAAAUUAUUAGCAGCAAAUAUAGAAAAAUCAACGAAAUCGCUAAAGUCCUUAGCAGGGGAUGUAAGGGACAAAUCUUCUCCUGUGAGCAGUCAUUCGUCGUCGGUAUCUACGGGUUCUGUGGAACAUCAACAAGUCAAAUCAAGCUUCAAGCCGUAUGAAACUAACAACAGUCAUAUCCGUGAAAGGAGUGACGCUGAAGUGGAACGUGCCACCAAUUUAACAAAUAAUCAAAGUAGCCAGAGAGUGAAAACGCCAAAAACAAAUGUUAUUCAACAAAAUGGUCAUCAGCACCUACAAACACAUCCACAUCAGCAAACUCAACCAACUGGUCAAAUGCGUUGCGAUUCAAACCAAAGUGCCACUUCACAAAGAGAUUCACCAGCGACGUCAACAGCUACACCAACUCCAACACCUACCAAUGGUCUGCAAAGAGUACCAUCAACAAAUGUCAUAGAUCUACAACAUCACUUGAAUAGUUCACAGCGUGCCUCAUCUAAAGAACAGCUACCAAUGACCACGACAACAAUUUCACAAGCUAGCCCAAGUAAUUCAACAACACGCCUACAAGCGGCUUCGGAUGCCGCAAUCGCAGCUGCUAAAGAGGCAAGUUAUGUUAAGGCUUUGCAUGCAGCUGCCGCCGCUGCCGGCAUACCAACAUCAACUACUAACGGCGCCUCAACCGCAAAUCCCUACUACACAAAUUAUGUUAACUCAACUAGUGGUAUGCCCUAUACUAUGGACUUAAUAACGGCUAGUGCGCUGAUGUCGCCACAUCAUCCCAUGUUUAAGGCGGCUGCACUGAAUCCCUAUAUAAACUAUGCGCGUAUGAAAGGAAUUGAUCCGGCCACAGCAUCUGCCAUGAUGCCGCCGAAUGUCUGUCGCGAUCCAUAUUGUACAGGUUGUCCGUCAAGUCCUCACUAUCUUAACAAAGCCGCUGGUCAACCGUGUCCUGUAGGCUGCCCUCAGUGUGAAGGUUCACAAGCUGGCAAACCUCCGAGCGCCAGUAGCAGUUCGGCAGCAGCAGCAUCAGCUGCUGCGGCAGCAGCCGCCUCAUCAUAUCAUGCACAAUUAGCUGCUCUAGCAGCUGCUUCACAAAUGCCCUACGUUUGCUCAUGGAUCGGUAGUGAUGCUGCUUAUUGUGGUAAACGUUUUGGUACAUCUGAUGAACUCUUUCAACACUUACGCACCCAUACAGCAUCCAUGCCAGACUCUGUGCUUAGUGCUGCUGCCGCAGGUGGCAUACCACCCAAUCAUCCGCUCUUUCAACGCACGUAUCCAACACCACCACUCAGCCCACUAUCUGCAGCACGAUACCACCCAUACGGAAAGCCACCUAUGUUGCCUCCAGCACUGGGGCCACCACCUGCUUCACUUGCUAGCCUGCAACUGGCACCGCAUCAUACUUUGGCUCAAUACUUCAAUCCUUACUCUAUCUAUGGCUCGCGCAUGGGCUCUUCUCAUCCAUAAUAGAAAUGAUAAGCGGGUUCAACGUACUGAACGAGUGUUUUUUAUUACCUUAUUUAAUUAGCAGAUUAUUUAUAUGUUAUUUUUUAUGUUAAGCCUACACAUUCAG